CACACACACACACACACACAGGCGCUUGAUGACAGACGGGGAGGGGGAAGCGGAGAGAAGUGUAAGCCCCGGAUCCAUCUUCAAGACAGAAAACAGGGAAAGAGAGACCACGUCCCACUUUUAUUUCGUUUUUAGCGGCAUCUUUCCCACUCACAGGCGUCAGGGAGCCCGAGGAGGGGGCUGUGACAUUGACUGUAGGAUGUCCCGACAUGAAGGAGUGAGCUGUGAUGCAUGUUUAAAAGGAAACUUCAGAGGGCGCCGAUACAAGUGUUUAAUUUGCUACGACUACGACCUUUGUGCAUCUUGCUAUGAAAGUGGAGCCACAACAACUAGACACACCACGGAGCACCCAAUGCAGUGCAUACUAACCAGGGUAGACUUUGACUUGUAUUAUGGGGGAGAGGCAUUCUCAGUAGAGCAACCUCAGUCGUUUACUUGUCCUUAUUGUGGUAAAAUGGGCUACACAGAAACAUCUCUACAGGAGCACGUCACCUCAGAACACGCAGAGACCUCUACAGAGGUGAUUUGCCCAAUCUGUGCAGCUUUGCCUGGUGGCGACCCCAAUCAUGUGACAGAUGACUUUGCUGCUCAUCUCACACUUGAACACAGAGCACCUAGAGAUUUAGAUGAGAGCAGUGGCGUGCGGCACGUGCGCCGGAUGUUCCACCCUGGGCGGGGGCUGGGUGGUCCGCGGGCACGCAGGACUAACAUGCACUUUACCAGCAGCUCUACUGGUGGGCUCUCCUCUUCACAAAGCUCCUCCUACUCUCCAAGCAAUAGGGAAGCAAUGGACCCCAUAGCAGAGUUACUCUCUCAGCUGUCGGGUGUGAGGCGCUCCGCAGGAGGGCAGCUCAACUCUUCAGGCCCCUCUGCCUCGCAGCUGCAGCAACUGCAGAUGCAGCUUCAGCUUGAGCGUCAGCAGGCGCAGGCGGCGCGUCAGCAGCUGGAGACGGCUCGCAAUGCCACGCGCCAGCGCAGCAACCCUAGCAACAUCAGCGCCAGCAUCCCGCCGCCCAGCACCGCUACAAACACAGCCAUGACUGAGAGCAACCCACUGGCCUCACACAGCUCCCAGUUCCUUCUCACACGGUUGAACGAGCCGAAAAUGUCGGAGGCGGAACGGCAGGCGCUAGAGAGCGAGCGCGCCGACCGCAGCCUGUUCGUACAGGAGCUGCUGCUGUCCACGCUAAUGCGAGAGGAGAGCUCAUCCUCUGAUGAGGACGAAAGGCGAGACUUUGCUGACUUCGGCGCCAUGGGCUGCGUGGACAUCAUGCCUUUAGACGUGGCUCUGGAGAGCCUUAACCUGAAGGAGAGCUCCACAGGCAAAGAGCCUCCACCACCUCCUCUUUGAUGAUAUCCCACCACCACGCAGACAAUGUCCUCUGUGCUGUAACUGCCAAUGACGGUGGGCAAAAACACAGCUCUCUCUAACGUUUUUUUUCUUUUCUUUUCUUUUUUUUUUUCGGUGAGUGUAAUUUCAGGUCUGUCAUCUUUGUUACAUUGUAUAAAUCCAUAAAAGGAGAGCGUGAGGGGAAAAAAAAAAAAAAUCAAAAUACAUCAGAACAGGCGUGUGAGAGAGUGAGCAAGCAAGAGAGAGAGAGAAAAUAAGAAAUAUAAAUAUAUAUAUAUAAAUAAAUAUAUAUAAAAGUUGAUAAUCAAUUCCACAAUUUUUUUCCUUUAGCAGGUGAGCGUAGGUAUCCGUGGCAGACGUCAGCUUCCUGUGUCUUGCAAAAAGGCUCUCCUUAUAAAUAAUCCACAUUCAAAAACUGAAGAGGAAACCAGAGACCUUCUCUAAUGAAGCUGCUGUGUGUAUUUAUGAAUAUUAAUGAAUAAAAAGUGCUUGGAUGGUUUACCAUAACUACUGCAUGAGGUUAUUUGCAGCGUGCAUGAUUUUUAAUGACCUUGUCAUUAAAAAGGCAAAAAUAUCCCAAAGCUUUCUUUUUAACUUUUUCUUUUUAAGGGUUACUCGAACAGAAGUGGGUUUUCGAGUGAUAUAUCUCAAAUUUUAGGUUUUAUUUAAUUUUUUUUAACAGAGAUCAAAAGCAAAAUUGAAAGAAAAACAACAAUGCGCUUUUGUCACUCGACUCCAAUUUGCCCUUCCUCAUCUGCGACACUAUUGGAUGUUCGAACACAUGGUCUGCCCUGAUUGGCCAAGGCAAAUUAACUUAUUAAAGCAGUGGUUCUCAACUGAUCUAAGUUGCAGGUCUGUUCCGAUAGGGCAGAAAAAAAUGCUAAAUGCAAGCAAUAAAUUGCAACUAACCAUAUAAUCGUGCAUAGUUAGGAUAGCAAACUAAAUGGGCUUUGCAAAACUAUUAAAAGGAGAAAAACCCCCAUAUCUAUUGCCGUCAAAAGACGCGCAUACAAUCAAUGUUUUUUUUUUGUUUUUUUUUUUAAUGCAAGCCAAAGCUAGGCAAAUUACUGACUUCUGUGGAACACAAAGAGUUUAGGCAGUAUGUUAUCCUCAAUCACCAUUCACUUUCAUUGCAUUUUUUUUCUCGAUACAGUGAAAGUGAAUGGUUACUGAGUCUGCCUAACAUUUCUAUUUCUGUUUCACAGAAUGAAAUAGUCAUGGCUAUGGAUCAAUAAUGAUGUUACGGAGCCCCUUAGAGGACAGGAAGAAAAUGUAUUUUCUGAAAUACUUUUACAUUCCCUCCCAAAAAGUUUUGCGUUACCUCUCAGUAAGUUUUGCAUUCCCUUGCAGUUCUUUUGGGUUCCGUCGCAAAACCUUUAUUCAUUCCUUAUGGAAAAUGGUUUAACUACAGUAACUAUAUUUUAACCAUGAUAUUCGUGGUUAAUUCUAGUAAUAAUCAGGGAUGCAAACUAAUUAACUUUCAGCUAAAGUAACCUUUUAUUUAGCUAAUUUGCCCAAAUUUUCUACAAUUGAUUAAAAUCACUUGGAAGGGUUCCUUUAAGCUUAGACAUGUAAAAAAAAAAAAGAAGCUUUAAAUAAAAAGAAAAAAAGUUUUACAAAUCAACAGUUGUAUAUCUGGACAACUGCUAUGACUUUCUCACCUUUUUUUUUUUUUUUUACCUCUCAUGAGUUUGCAUCCCUGAAUAAUAUAGGAAUUUUAUUACCAAAACUAUGAUAAUAAAAACCAUUAUUCUGCCAAAAAAAACAUGGUUGGUUUUACUAUAGUAAUACCAUGGUUAAUUUGUGUUUCCUGCACUGCUGUUUAGCAGUGGCAUUCCACCGCUAACUAAUCUCCAGCGCCACGCAAAAUACAUUUUACCCGAGUUGUAAGUUUGCUGUUUGGUUGUGACGAGAAAACAAGAGUGUGUACAAAAUAAUGCCAAAACACAUCUUUCUAUUGGGCUGUACUCAUUGGUUGUGCUUGAAAACAAACAUACAGCACAGUCCGAUUCACGAACAAAUGACUCUUAUGGUUCGGUUCUGUUGAUUAAUCCGUCCAAACGACUCUUGAGCGGUUACUGUGGUUACUGAAUUCAAAGCGACACGUUAACAAAUCUUUACAAGUCCUAAGCAAGAACUGUUUUGUUUAGGCUACUUAAAGGUUUAUGAUACUAAAAUAGUCAUUGCACUUGUUUCUUUGACGAAGUGUAAAGAUACACAUUUACAUUUAAUAUAAAAUAACUUUAAACAUUAAAAUGUUACCAAAGUAGUGUGUAUAUGUGUAUUUUUUUUUUCAUGGUUCUUGACCUCCUGAGACAGAGCGUGAAUGCUGUGCAUUUUCCAUUUCCCUUUUUGAUUUGUAAAAAAUAAAAAAUCCUUAUAGAAAUUAGUUUUCCUAAAAAUUGAUGGCAACUUAGGAGGACAGCAGGACUAAGUUGUACAAUUUUAAAUAAUACCAAGCUAUAGAAAUAAAUAUUUUUUUUACUACAUUUUUAUGUUUCCAGGAGUGUUGGUGAUUCAUGUUUUUGAGACGAUACAGACAUUACAUCAGAAAUUAGCAAUUAAUUCUGAUUCAAAGUUAUGGCCAGCAUCAUCCAGUCAUUGCCAGCCAUGUUAAAAUAAAAUGAUACAUUAUAAAUUCUGAAUCUGUGUACUGAUUACCAUUGUCCCAUUUCUGCCAAACAUGUUGAGUGUUCAAACAUCAUCUGCAGCCUGAAACUGAACUUUUGGUCAGACAUUAGGAGUGAAUGCACUUGGCUGCAUAGAAAGCUGUAGAUGCUCCCUUGCUCAAUGUUUAGUGAAUGACUUAACCUCCAGUGGUCUGUCUGCACUGGUCCUAGAACAGUUUAAAAUGCACCUUAUUUUCAUCCUAACUCAAUAUAAAGUCUCUAAAAGCAGUAUUUUUCAGCUUUUUGAUGAGCCCACUGAUUCUCAAUGUGAUAACGCACAGUAAAUAAAGGAUUUCUAAGGAAAAAAUGCACUGAAGUACACAUGAGUGUACAUUGUUUUAGCAGCAUGGCAUUUUGCAAUAAAUCACUCAGAUUUUUAAAAAUGGCAUGUCGGAUGAAACUAGAGACUAAUCUUUUGACUCAAACAGGUUUCAAUGUAAAAAUGUAAUUAGGUUUCUUACCAGAUGUAGCUUUGUUGGCGUUUCUCCCAAAGACGAACUCUGCUGUGGUCAGCACCAUGUUGUUUUGUCACAUGAAAGUUUAACCCUUUACUGAAAGCACAGAGUUUCCUGAACCAAGAUCAGUCAGUUUAAAUUCAUUUAAAUUAUGCGGUGCGUAUAGCGAUGUGUACGCGGGGUCGCACGAGUUUAACACAAAAGGUUUACAUGGUUACUGUUGGCUUACUAUAGAGAAACCAUUGUUAAUUUUUGUUAGGGCAAGGUGUUUUUUUU